AAGAGAGAGAGAGUCGGAGAGGAGAGAGAGAGAGACGCAGCGUUGUUUGGUUGCUAAGAAAAGAAUCGAAGACAAAGACCGAGAGACAGAGACUCUAAUGAUGAAUUCCAUGAAGCUUUCUUUGUACAAUUCAAACUUUUGUCAAUGAAAUGGAUGGAGUAAAACCUACCACCACCUCCUUCCCCUUCCUCAUCAGCUGUUCGUUGAGUCUUCUCUUUCGCUUACAAUCAACGUCGCCGACACCACCAUCCACGCUGUAUUCACAAUUCCCGAGGCGCUUUCAACGACCAUGAUCGAUUCCCUUCAAUCCAUCUUUGGAUCUCAGUUGCAGAUCCACCACCACCACUGCUCACACACACCUUCACUUACUCUCUCCUUCCUCUAUCAUGGACCCUGCCACCUCUCGACCUGCUGUAGUCAUUGACAACGGCACCGGGUAUACUAAGAUGGGUUUUGCAGGGAAUGUUGAGCCUAGUUUUAUAGUUCCCACAGUCGUCGCCGUUAAUGAAUCUUUUGUAAACCAACCUCGGAGUUCGACGAAAAGCAGUAAUUGGUUAGCACAGCAUAGCGCGGGGGUUAUGGCGGAUCUUGAUUACUUUAUAGGGGAAGAAGCAUUGUCCAGAUCUCGGUCUAAUAAUACUUACAAUCUUAGUUAUCCGAUUAAGCACGGUCAGGUAGAUAAUUGGGAUGCGAUGGAGCGGUUUUGGCAGCAGUGUAUAUUCAAUUACUUGCGGUGUGAUCCCGAGGAUCAUUACUUUUUGUUGACGGAGAGUCCCUUAACAGCGCCGGAGAGUCGUGAGUACACCGGGGAAAUUAUGUUCGAGACGUUUAAUGUUCCGGGGCUAUACAUUGCGGUCCAGCCUGUGCUUGCACUUGCAGCUGGUUACACGACGUCAAAGUGUGAGAUGACAGGUGUUGUAGUGGAUGUUGGAGAUGGGGCUACUCAUGUUGUACCUGUUGCAGAUGGUUAUGUUAUUGGGAGCAGCAUCAAGUCAAUUCCCAUUGCUGGAAAAGAUGUCACUCUCUUCAUCCAGCAGCUAAUGCGGGAAAGAGGAGAGCAUAUUCCACCAGAAGAUUCUUUUGAAGUAGCUCGAAAAGUGAAGGAGACACAUUGCUACACUUGUUCUGAUAUUGUCAAGGAGUUUAACAAGCACGACAGAGAACCAUCAAAGUACAUUAAGCAAUGGAGAGGUAUCAAACCAAAGACGGGGGCACCAUACUCUUGUGAUAUAGGCUAUGAACGAUUUCUUGGCCCUGAGGUAUUUUUCAGUCCUGAGAUUUACAGUAGUGAGUUUACAACCCCUUUACCAGCUGUAAUAGACAAGUGUAUUCAGUCUGCUCCAAUUGACACAAGAAGGGCUUUGUAUAAGGUGGAGUAAGAUGAACCCUCAGAAUUUGUAUUGUCGAGUGAUAUAGAAUACCAAUAUUGGGAGCAUUGAUAAAUGGUUUUUGUCUGCUCGAAAUAUUGCAUUAUGGUUAAGUUUCUACACUGGUAAGGAGGGCAAUCCCUCCUAUCAUUCUUAUCUUAUCUCCUCCUUUUGAUUGAAUAGUCUGCUGUAAUGUGCUUUAAACAUCUAUCAUCAGGUAGUAAAGUUUGAGUGUGUUUACUUGAGAAAAUUGCGACUGGCAAUGGCUGGUAGUUCGUAAAGGUUUUGCCUAAAAAUUUUAGUCCAGAAUUGAGUUCAUAAUCUGCAUUUUUUUGAAUGGUAUGACAUUCAUUUGCAUGCUCCUUUGUGUCCAGCAGCUUUAAUUUUUUAUUUUUUAUUUUGCAUGGCACAGACUGAUUGUGUGAGCAUGUGUAUACUAUCCUCUUUUUUUAGCUCAUCUAUUACAUUUACCUCAGAAUGUAGUACUCUCUGGAGGAUCAACUAUGUUCAAAGACUUCCACCGAAGGUUGCAACGGGAUUUAAAGAAAAUUGUGGAUGCUCGGGUUCUUGCAUCUGAUGCUAGGCAUGGUGGAGAAAUAAAAGCACAGCCAGUGGAAGUCAAUGUCGUCAGCCAUCCUAUCCAGAGGUAUGCAGUUUGGUUUGGAGGUUCAGUACUUGGAUCAACACCCGAAUUUUUUGCGGCUUGCCACACAAAAGCAGAGUACGAGGAAUAUGGGGCAAGCAUAUGCCGUACAAAUCCUGUUUUCAAGGGAAUGUAUUGAUAUGAAGAUCAUUUCAACGAUUGACAAUGGAGGCACUCCCUUAUUGUUUAUUCCUGUAAUAUGUGUCCGCAUGGCUUUCAUGUGUAUUUACAAGCUGGGUUCGUGGUAGGGAGCUCGUGUACAAUAGAUGUUUAGUCUCAGUUGUAACAAAAUGAGUUUCUUGUAUUCUUUCCUUUGUUUUUUUUUUUUUUU